AUGCAUUCUCUUUCAUGUUACUUCUUACUUCAUCAUCAUUUCGAAGCAUUAACAAUAUCAUCUAACUACAUAUCAGCAUACUCAGGUAGUGUUAACAACGACAUUAUGAGUGACGAACGAGAAGGAACCGAUUCAAUAGACUCCGCUGAACCUCAGACUGAAAAUCUUUCAUCCGAUUCUACUAUAAAUCCUACCGAUGAAGAGAAUCAGUUUAUAUAUGACGAAGAUUCGGAACGACUUACUUGUGUUGGUUCAACUUUUGAUGAUAUUCCUCAAAGUAUAAUUGAUGCAUAUGCGAGUAGAGCCAAAAUUCUUGAUUUAAGUAAAAACCAUUUUCGAUCGCUUGGUUGUGUAAAGCAUUUUCCAAACCUCGAAGAACUUAUUCUCGACGACAAUCAACUCGAUGAUGUCCAUACACGAUUUCCUAAAUUACCAAACCUGCAAACGUUGACGUUGAAUAAAAAUCUUUUCCAAGAUAUUUACAAACUAGUUGAUCAAUUACGUCAAGCAUAUCCAACGUUGAUCUAUCUAUCCUUAUUAGGAAAUGAAGCUUGUCCAUACCGUAUCAGUUCUGUGUCUUCAAAUGGCGCUGAUCUCAGUCCAUUUGCGCAAGGUCGUUUAGAAGAAGAAUACCAACGAUAUCGACAUUUGUUGAUAUUUCGUAUCCCAACGUUGAAGUUUCUCGAUGCACGUGACAUCAAUGCAAAUGAGCGGCGAAUCGCCACACAGUUAGGCGAUAUAUUAUAUUCGAUAGCUGAGACGAAACAGUCACAGUCAAAUGCUGAUGAUGACGAUCAAAAGUCGUCGAAAAAGGACCUUUACUCACCAUUACCAUCAGCGACAAACCAAAGCCAAACUCGAACACUGUUUGGAAAAGUUCGGCAUACUUAUAAUGGAGAAGGCAGCCAAGGAAACAAGUUUUUACGAGAUGUUGAUCUAUAA